CCACAGAAAAAAAAAAAAAAAAAUCAACUGUGGCCCAAUCGCAGAUUCUCUCUAUACACACUAGAAAUGCCUCUAUCAACAAAGUCAUCGACUCUACAUCUCACAUCGACAUCAGGAGUGCCAGCAUUCCGACCAUUCACUUGUGUCAUCAAUCCUGUUGUCCUCUUUUCGAUCCUUGAUCACUACCUUCGUCGUAAUGAAGGCCAAGAAAGAGUCAUUGGUACAUUGCUCGGUGUUCGCAGCGAUGACGGUACCGAAGUUGAGAUCAGAAACUGCUUCAACGUUCCCCAUCAAGAGAACGAUAGUGAAGUUGCCGUCGAUAUGGAGCACCACCGUGCCAUGUUUGAAUUGCAUCAACGUGUCAAUCCCAAAGAAGUCAUUGUUGGCUGGUAUGCCACAGGAUCGCAGCUCAACAGCUACUCUGCUCUUAUCCAAGAUUUCUAUUCAAGCGAAGUAGCUCCUUUCCAGGCUGUUCAUCUGACAAUGGACACAGAUCUCGCUGUCAAGGGUACCCAAACUAUGGGUCUCCAAACCCACAUCAGUGCACCAGUUGGUGUUUCUGCAAAGUCUGGCAACUGCAUGUUCCUCCCUGUGCCUUGCGAAGUUAGAUAUUUCGAUGCUGAGCGAAGCGGAUUGGAGAUCCUUGCUACUGCCAAAAACUCUGAUGAGCGCACUGCCUCCUUGUUGUCAGAUAUGGAUCAUCUUGAGAUUGCCAUCGCAAAGGUUCAAGAGAUGCUUGAGAGAGUUAGCCAAUACGUCCAACAAGUUUUGAACGGCAAGGAACCUGCAAAUAAUGCCAUCGGUCGCUAUAUUAUGGACUCUGUCUCUGUUGUCCCCAAGGUUGAUGCCACUUCAUUCGAAAAGAUGUUCAACUCACACUUGCAAGAUCUGUUGAUGGUCGUCUACCUUGCAAACAUGACGCGGACGCAACUGUCUGUUGCUGAGCGACUAAACACAUUGGUAUAAGGAGGCGGAAAUGGAUUUUUGGCUUUGUAGAGCAGAGCAUAGAGCCUCAAAGGUCAUCAAAUCUGUAAUAAAAGGUUUUCUAUGAUUCGUUACUCUUGAUAUUUGGUUGCGUUACUGGUAAAGCUCUUUAGCUGUUAAGGGAAUAGGCUCUAGAUGACAUUCAGGGGAGCUGUGGCCGCAUGUGGAUAUUUUUGACGCUCAAACUUUUAGGAUGUCUAGAUCCUUGAGGCACAUUGGGGCGGCGCAGCACAAUGCUCCAUUAUUCAGGCACCCUUGCAUUAAACAUAGGAGUUGAAGCUACUACCGUUAGUAUUGAAGGCUAUGUCAUGCCUUGCAGGAGCGGCCCUUAAGGGCAAAUGCAG